AUGUCGACCGAAGUUCAAGAUCGGGAUCUGGCUAGCCGGAAAAGAUCCCAUGGCGAUUUUCUCAACCCGGAGUCGUGCGGGCCUGCAGCUUUCAGGGACUCGGAUCACUUCCAGACCGACCAUUCGUUGAGCGACAAAGAAAACGAUGUUCAACGCACCUCCUUCGGGGCUCCGGCCUCGCCUCAGGCAAAAUCCAGUUCGAGCUUGAGCGAACCGGCAAGCAGCCCACUCAGCGCCAACUCGCCUUCCCCUAGCCCAGCCCCAGCACAUCUCUCGACACCCGCCACACCAGCACAACUUACUUCGGCCAUAGCCAAAUCAUCAGCACAGAAAGCGGCGGCCGGUGAGCCACCAAAAAAGAAGAGGUUAACCACCGAAGAGAAGGCAGCUAGGGAUGCUGAGAAGCGCAAACGGGAUGAGGAAAAGGAGAAAAAGAAGCUCGAGAAGGAUGAGGCUGAGAAGCUGAAGGCGCAAGAAAAGGCCGCAAAGGCCGAGGAGAAAGCUGCCAAGGCUGCCGCCGACAAGGCAGAAAAAGAGCAAGAAAAAAAGCAGCGGGCAGAGGAGCGUGAGAAAAAGGAGCAAGAAAAGAAGCAGCGCGCAGAGGAGCGUGAGAAAAAGAAGCGCGAGAAAGAGGAGGAAGAAGCCAAGAAGGCACGCAGUCAGAUGAGGCUCACCAGCAUGUUCAACCGCACGGCAAUAACCCCGAAGAAGGAGGCUGCUUCCAAAUCCGACGACACCCAGUCAACCGGUGCCACAGCGAAGAAGGAGGCCAAGGAGGCGUCACUUUAUGAUCAAAUGUUCAAGCCAUUCUUCAUCAAAGAACAUGUCCAACUGGCCAGGAACUCCCUACAGAUGGACGAAGAGACGAGAGAGGCCAAAACCAAGAUUUUGGACGAGUACCUCUCAGGCGAACGUCAACAUUCAACAACGACCUUUGAGCCGCUAGAAGCGCUUCAGAUCCCGUACAAAGUCCGCCGUGGGCGUGUCUAUCCAAGCGUCAAGAAACUCAUGAGCGAGUUUGAGGGUCUUUCCGCUGGCGCUCCCGCCGAUCCCACCACGGGAUCACAGAACGUGCAGAUGAAGCAUACCCUGGAGGUCCUGAAGUCGGUGCCGGUAAAGUCGAUCAAAUUUCGGGAAGACGUGAGGCCACCAUACAUCGGCACCAUCAGCGGCUUACCACCGGGCGUGAAAAGCCUCCAGAAACUCGCCCGGAAACCGGUCUCCAAAAUUCUUCCCCUGGACUACGAAUAUGAUUCCGAGGCGGAGUGGCAAGAAGAGGAGGGCGAAGACGUGGACGACUUGGAUGAUGACGAGGAGGAUCUGGAGUUGGACGAAGACAUGGAGGAUUUCUUGGAUGACUCCGAAGAUACCGGCCCUGCGAGGAGGGGCUUCGCUGCGGGUAUGGAACCGGAGAGCUUUGGGCCAUGUUGGGAGAACCGUAAACGGAGCUCGGCUGAGCCGACGUUAUACAAAUACCGACUGGAAUUUGUUCUAGAACCGCUCGAACACCAUCACAGCAUCGACCCUUUCUCGACCAGCUACUGGGAGUCGCCCAAAUCGAAAACCAGCGCAGGUAACGAAUCCUCCGCCGCAACCGCAUCCACGUCCGCAUCUGCCACGACUGCUUCCGCUUCCUCGAGUUCUGCCCAGGACGCCCAUGCUAAGCCGAUGGCGCCGCCCCCGACACCGGCAGAUGCUUUCCAGGCCCUCAACCCAGGAACAGCAGCGGCAGGCACCAAAAAGUCGCAGCAGCCGCUGCCACUAGACAUGCAGCAAAAGCUAAAGGACCUUGUGCGCUCCAUGCCGACGCUGAGCAAGGUCGGCGUGAUCGAGUUGUUCGCGGCGAGUCACGCGGGCUGUCCAAGGACCCAGAUCAAAACGUCGUUCGAGGCGCUUUUUGAGAAGUCAGGCAAGGUGUUUAAAGUCAAGGGGGAGUAG